AUGUCUAUAUCAACGAAUUUCAAUCAAACUAGCUAUACUACAAUACGUUCUCCAUUAUGGAAUAGAAAUCGAUCAAAUGAAUCUGAUUUUUUUCGACCUGGUAGAGACAAUGAUACUUAUCUUGGAGGAAACGCAACAGAUCAAAGUCCAGAAGUUAUGCUUUAUCGUUUAACAACUCUUGUCAUUCCAUCAAUUAUCUGUUUUAUUUUUCUAUUCUACAAUUUUAUUCAUCUACCACAUCUUCGAUCUAAAUCAAUUAAUUUAUUCAUCAUCUCUUUAUUGAUUAUCAACUUCAUUCAUAUAUUGACUGAUCUACCAUUUCGUCUCUAUUAUCUCUCUCAAAAUCAAGUUCCUUUUUUAUAUCCAAUAUUUUGUCUUAUUUGGACAUGGUAUGAUGAUAUAUUAACUGCAGUUAAUCUCUUUAUUAUGGCAUUUACUUCUAUUGAUAGAUAUAUUUUUAUAUUUCAUCAUGUUUUUCAUCGUCGUUAUAAACGAUUACUCUAUCGAAUACCUAUGGUUAUAUGUUUUUUAUUUGCAACUAUUUGGUAUACAGUUUUAAUAUUUGGUUAUCCAUGUCAAAAUUCAUUUAUAUAUUUUUCUUUUCAAUGUGGAACAUUGUGUUAUUCGAAAAAUUCACAAGUUUUAACUCAUUUUGAAAAUGCUAUAUUUUUCAUGUUUCCAUUAAGUAUAAUUGUUAUUGGAAACAUUAUACUUAUUAUUCAUGUUUUUAUUCAAAAAAGACAAAUGAAAUGUCGACAUCGACUUGGUUUAUGGCGACAAAACUUUCGAAUGAUUAGUCAAUUGAUGUUUAUAGCUAUUUUAUAUAUGAGUAUAUAUGUUCCAUCAUGUAUUUUAUUAAUUAUGGGUAGUUAUGUUCGAUAUAAUCGAUUUCAAUCAUGGGCUGCCAAUGUGCGAACUCGUUAUUUUACUCAUUUGAAAUAUUUAGUGAUAUUUGGAUAUCCAUUUAUGGUACUUGUUGGGCAGAAAGAAAUGCAUCGAAUGAUCAAAAAAAAAUUCUGUCGAGCACUUCGACGUCGGAGGGUAAAAGUUUAUCCUAUGACUAUAAUGAAUACUCGAUGCUGA